AUGACACUUUUCUCAUCAAUCUCAUCAAUUUCAAAUCCAAUGACAAGUUCAAAAUCCAGUAUUGCAUCAUUUGGUAGUGGAACAAGUAUGGGUUCAAAUUCAAUUGCAUGUGGUGGUGGUUGUGGUGGAAGUGAUGGUAUUCUUGGUUUAGGCUUAGGUUUAAGUUUAGGUUUAGGUUUAGGUUUAAAUUUAACUGGAGGUUCUAGAUCUAGAGGUGGUUGUGGUGGUAGUAAUGGAAGUAUGGGUGGAGGAAAUGGUUCAUGUUGUGGUAUUUAA